UGUGACGACAUCCUUAUCCUCGUUGUGAUGGCGAGGCAAGUGACGUUGCAUUCGAGUAGAUUCAAGUAGGAAGUCGAUAAUAAUGGCGGCCAAAAGAUCGAGAAAAAACCAAACAUUGCGCAUUAAACAUGCUAUCGGUUAAAACAGAAUAUGAUUAUGAAAGUUUUUUUGAUGGUUUGAGCUGUCAAGAGUCUUUCGUGUUCUGACCAAGCAAGCAGGAUUGUUAGGCUGUUUGUUUAAUGUGAGCAUGGGCGCCGAAAGUUCAACAGUGGCUGAAAUCGACAGUAAUAAAUUCAUAAACGAGUUAGUAGGCAGUACGAAAAAGGAAAGAGAUGAUGAAUUUUGGGAAGAGCUGUUGAAUUUUACAUUUGAAGCUCCGGACGACAGAGAUGGCUCAAAAUAUCUUGAAGAAGCAGUCGAGAGUGUUUGUAAAAAGAUUGCAUCCAAUAACCAUGUCACUGGGAAUUUUACCACCUUGGUUGGUGUUUUCAUUUUCCAUGUCCAGAGCUUGAUAAUAAAUCCUCAAAAACAAAAAAGUCUUGAGGAUUGUCAAAGAGCUUGGAAUGCGUUGCUCUUAAUUCGAUGUGUUUGCAAGUACAUGGUAAACAGUUUGCCGGAGCAAGAAUUGAUUCGCCAGUUUAACACUCUGCCAUCUUGUGAAGGUACAAGAACAGUGUUUGAAGAAUUCCUUCUGGCCUGCUGUCAAAUAAUCUGUGAAAUCCCUGUGACGAGCAAGACUUAUUAUUUGCAUCUGGAGUCUCUUAAUGUUUUGAUCGUACUGCUGUCAGUUCAAAUGCAGGAACUUAGGCCCACAACGUCCAGUGUUAUUCAUCUGCUAAUUAUGAACAGUAAAUGCUCGCAAAAUGCAGGCAAGAUUAUACAGAAACUCUUUGAAAGCUACAUCAAGAAUGAUUUAUUACCAAGCGAAGAGGAUGGUUCUGGGUUCUUCAGUCGAACACUUUCAACCGUUUGGUCAAUGUUCGGUGGUGGGGAUGACCUCGACCCUGAUGUCCUACGACCUUUGGCUAAUCACAGCCUUCUGUUGCUUUUGAUUCUUCCGAAUCAACUAACAAAAGAUGCCAACAAAUACAGGGGAGCAAUGUUUUCUUGUGAAGGUCAGAAGUCGUCGGUCAAGAAUCAGAGUUCAAAGGAUAAAGAUUCCGCAGAAUUUGGAGGCUUGCUUUUAAACUUCAAUAGACUUUACUCCUGUCUUUGCCGAGAUCUUAGCCUCGAUCAGACAGUGUUGUUGUUGUACCUUAUGUUUCAUCAAAACGAGUCUUUCAUGAAUCACAUUUUAAAACGAGAUGAUCUUGGAAAUUUGAUUGUUCCACUUUUGGAAACCCUGUACCACGCUGAAGAGCGAAACUCCCACUUGACGUACAUGACAUUAAUUGUGAUGCUCAUUUUGAGCCAAGAAGAACGGUUCAGUGUGCAAACACACAACACAAUUCUGCCUGAAGUACCAUGGUACACAGAGCGCUCUCUGCGUGAUGUCUCCCUUGGUGACCUGGUCCUGUUGGUGCUUAUCAGAAUGGUUCAACGGAACAUUUUCAAAAUGAGGGACAAAUACCUCCACACAAACUGUUUGGCGACUUUGGCAAAUAUGUCGGUGAAUUUUCACAAUCUUGGCUGUUAUGUUUGUGAUCGAUUCUUCAGGGUCCUUGCGCAGCUGCUCAAGAGAUACAAAAAGAUGUCAAAAAGUGUCAUCAGCCUCAAAGAGAAUGAUCAAGACGAGUUCGCUGAUUCAAAUGUUUUGGAGGAGAUAAUUCGUAUGUUCCUUGAAAUUCUGAACUCUUGCGUUGUAACGAGGUUAAAGGAGAACCCAAACCUCGUUUACACGCUGCUACACGAAAAGGAGACGAUCGAAGAAUUGGAAACCAACCCAAAAUUCCAAGACAUCAUGUUUAAUGUGCUAGCAUAUUUCAAUUCGAGACUUGAAAAAUACACAGAUGACUCCCUGUCAGUUGAAUCUGUCCAUGACGUCAUCAGAAAAGAGCUCGGCAGCCUCCCGGUCGAUCAGUUUAAGAAAUUUCCUGAGCUUCGCUUCAAAUAUAUGGAAGAAGAUAAUCCUGAAGAAUUCUUUGUUCCCUAUGUGUGGUCUUUAGUCUACAAAUCUUCCUAUAUUUACUGGGACCUGAAAAAAGUUACCCUUUUCCAAUUGUCUCCACCAAAGGAGUCAUAGCUGAGUUAUGAUUUUGAUGAUAGCGGAAUUCACUCACCAUGUGAGAACCCGAGUGCCGCUGUGAUGGUUCGGAAUCCGCCUUCUGUGGCUGAGAUGGAGCAAGAUGGCAGAUUGCACUGGAUGCUGGGAUUUCAGAGUUUAAGAAUUAAUCUGGCCUAAACUUAAAGGCAACAAAAAAGAACACGCGAGCUCAGGAUCGAUAUAGACAACUAAGUCUCAUAGUUCAAGAGACACUGACUCAGAUGUCAUUCUUCGAUUAAUUUAAUACAGACUAGCUUUGCCGUUUGACGAUCCUUUAUAAGUAUUACAAUCGAUGUUAAAUCACCACCUAUACAUUGCCUCAGCCUUGUAACAACAUGGUGCUGUCAAAGAAUUCUCACAUGUA